UAACCUAGCGCAAGAAGACGUUUUUUUUACGGUCCUGAUUUCGAACUGCAUUGUAGCAAAGCGCAGGAUUUGAUUUUUAUAUUUUCUAUAGGUCUACGCACGAGACUAAAUGAACGAUGGAUGUAUUCUAUUAUAAAGCGCAUAUUUUUUUCCCAAUUAUCCUGCCUCUUUGUUUGUGGGAUUAUUCCUCAGCUCAGAUUGUCUAUUCCGUGACGGAGGAAGUAAGUAAGGGCACUGUAAUUGGAAAUAUGGCAAAGGAUCUUAAUCUGAAUGUCCGGGAAUUGGAAUCGCGCAUGUUUCAGAUUGUUUCUGGAUCAAACAAGAAGUAUUUUGAUGUCAGUUCAAAGACUGGUGAGUUAUAUGUAGAUGAGAGAAUCGAUCGAGAGGAUCUUUGUCCUGCGAGUCAGACGUGUUCUCUACACCUUGAAGCUAUUGCGCAAAAUCCUUUAAUGCUAUUCAGUGUCAGUGUUAAUAUUUUGGAUGUAAACGAUAACGCGCCAUCAUUUCCUUAUAGAAUAUACAAUCUAAACAUUACAGAAUUUGCAUUUCCUGGGGAUAGAUACCACUUGCCGAGAGCGAGCGAUGCAGAUGUCGGCGUUAACUCGAUUAAAACCUAUAAGCUCAGCUCGAAUGAAUAUUUUUCGCUAAACAUCCAGAGUGGCGCAGAACAGAAUAUGUCCCCACAGUUGAUUUUACAGAAAGCAUUAGAUAGAGAGAAGCAGGCGGUGGUUAAACUCGUGCUCACUGCUCUGGACGGAGGAAAACCUGCUAGGUCUGGCACACUUGAUUUAACUGUUAAUGUAAUCGAUGUAAACGAUAACACUCCAAUAUUCAGUAAGGAGCUGUAUAAAGUCAGUGUCCCUGAAAACACGAUAUUGGGAACCACGAUUAUUAAACUGAACGCCAGUGAUACGGACGCAGGGACGAAUGGAGAAAUAAUUUAUUCACUGAUAAGCCACGGAAAAGAAAAGUCGAGCGACAUUUUUCAGAUAAACUCAGUCACAGGUGAAAUCUCAGUGAAAGGACAUUUGGACAGGGAGGACACUGCUGCGUUUGAGCUUCAAGCACAGGCUCAGGACAAAGGCUCUUCACCUCGCGCUUCUCACUGCAAAGUUUUAGUCGAAGUCCUCGACGUGAACGACAACGCGCCUGUCAUUUCCCUUACAUCUCUCUCGAGCACUAUACGAGAAGACGCGACAUCAGGCACAGUGGUUGGAUUAAUAACGAUUGCUGAUAACGACCAGGACGGAGAGAUCAGUGCUAAAAUUAGAGGAUCCAGUCCAUUUAUUCUUCAACCAUCUUACAAAAACUAUUACUCAUUAGUAGUAGCUGGACCUCUGGACAGAGAAAAGACUCCUGAAUAUAACAUCACUGUUACCGCUACUGAUAAAGGAACCCCACCGCUUGUCAGCAACAUGUUUCUUACUAUUUACAUUUCUGAUGUAAAUGACAAUGCACCUCGCUUUCCAGACAAAGCCAUGGACUUCUAUGUUAAGGAAAACAGUCCUGCUGGAGACGUCAUAGCAACAGUAACAGCGAAGGACGCAGAUAUCAAGGAAAACGCUCAACUUGUGUAUUCUAUCAUUUCCAGGAACUAUUUAAUUUCCAUGGUAGACGUUAAUUCUGCAAAUGGUGAUGUGUACAGUAAACAGUCAUUUGAUUAUGAGGCGAUUAAAUCAUUUCAGUUUCAGAUUCAGGCCACUGACUCUGGUGUUCCAUCUCUCAACAGCAACGUGUCUGUGAAUGUUUUUAUCCUUGAUGAAAAUGACAACAGUCCAGUUUUUCUCCCUCCUUAUUCUGAACCCGGAUCAGUAAACACUGAGAACAUUCCCUACUCUGCAGAAGCGGGGUAUUUUGUGGCUAAAGUCAGAGCUGUAGACUCUGAUUCAGGUUAUAAUGCACUUUUAUCAUAUCACAUAACCGAAUCAAAGGGAACGAAUCUCUUCCGAAUCGGAACCAGCACAGGAGAAAUAAGAACUAAAAGACGAAUGAGUGACAACGACUUAAAAACUCACCCGCUUAUCAUUACUGUCUCGGAUAACGGAGACCCAGUCCUGUCAACCACUCUGACUAUGGAAAUUGUGGUUGUUGAAAAUAUAGACGACGUUCAGACAAGCAUAAGAAGAGUGCCAGUAAAGGAGGAGAAUUUUUCUAAUCUGAAUCUCUAUCUGCUCAUCGCUAUUGUCUCAGUGUCCUUUAUAUUUUUACUGAGCCUCAUCGCUUUAAUAGCAGCGAAAUGCUACGGGACAGACGGCGGUUUCAGCAGGUCCAGCGCUCCAGUGGUCACUACACACCCUGACGGGAGCUGGUCUUACUCGAAAUCUACUCAGCAGUAUGAUGUGUGUUUUAGUUCAGACACACUGAAGAGUGACGUAGUGGUUUUCCCCUCGCCGUUUCCGCCUGCAGACGCAGAGCUGAUCAGCAUUAAUGGAGGAGACACUUUUAACAGGACACAAACUCUUCCAAGUACUGGGAAGGUAAGAAAAGCGUUUGUAGAACUUACUUCUAGAUGA